AUGAAUAUCGAUACGGAACCCCGAAGUCACGCCGAGUACACUGUGGGAUGGGUAUGUGCUCUACCCAAGGAGCAGAUCGCGGCGACAGCCAUGCUGGAUCAAGAACACAACCAGCUUCCAAAACCACCCAAUGACUCCAAUAACUACACUCUUGGAUCUAUUGGCGAGCACAACGUUGUGAUAGCUCGCCUCCCCAAAGGCCAGUAUGGAACACACGCGGCAACAAAUUUUGCUGUUUGGAUGGUCUCGACCUUUCCGAACAUUAAAGUUGGCCUGAUGGUGGGCAUUGGUGGGGGCAUUCCACCCAAGGUCAGACUUGGCGACGUGGUGGUCGGCACACCUGUAGGGAAACUUCCUGGUGUGGUUCAAUGGGAUCUUGGCAAGGCGAAUGCAGGAGGCAGUUUCGAAUGA